AUGAUGAUGGAGCUGUGCGGCCCUAGUCUGUGGCAUCGAUUGAUCAAGGGAGGGCCGCUGGGCGAGAAGGUGGCCGCCAAGACCAUCCAGCGUCUAGCGGAGGCGCUCAAGGGGAUACAUACCAGCGGCAUCGUCCACCGGAAUCUCAAGCCGAAGAACAUCUUUGUCAAGCUGGACGCUCUUGCCGUGCACGAUGGAGACUUUGGAGUGGCCACGGACGACCCCAAGGAGAUGUCGCAGUACUGUGGAACCGGGAAGUAUAUGGCCCCGGGGACGACGAGCUGUAAGAGUGGUCAUGGUGACUCAAGGUUGCAGAGCUUUUACACUACAGCCAUCGACAUGUGGGAGUUGCUGAGAGGCUACAAGCAAUCCAGGGAGAUCGAGUUGUUGCGAGCCGGGGAAUUCCCGGAUGGUUGUCCUCUCUCAGACGAGGUGGAGGAUUUCAUCUGCGGGAUGCUGGCUGUGGAGCCGAGCGAGAGGUUGAUGCUGGAUGGUGUGCUGGAUCAUCCCUGGAUCGUGGAGUAUGGCAGCAGUAAGAUCAAGAAGACGAUUCACAGGAGGCGCUGUGGAGUGAAGAGGAGUGCUCCUGGUUUUAGUAGCAACUUAAGAAAGUUCGAGCAGCGCGUCACUCUCGCAUCAGCAUACCAGUACCACAUUAAGUUUAAAGCCAGUGCCACAUACCACCUCAUCGACAGCAGAUUCACCACUUCAGGCUUGCAUACAUUUGGAUGUAAUCACCGCAAGUAUCUCAAAAGUAAAGGCUCCAGGGUGGUUGCAUUGACACAGAUUCUCCUAUCCGCACUAGGAGCUUACGCAGCUUUGAACAGGAACGGCUUGUUCAUCGACUUUCUUUGUAGAGAGAAUGUUUUUACAUGCAGGAUCAUCAAUGGACGAAGCCUAAUGUGCUUCUCGAAUUUGUUUUUCACCUGCAAUGAGUACUGUGCAUUGUCUCUGUUCGGUCCUGCAAUCAAAGUUCUGCUGCAAUGA